AUGGGAAACAAAAGCGGUAAGCAAAAGAAAAAGGACAAAGAGGCAAAGAACAAAGAGGAGACUGAACAAAAGGUAAAUGGUACAGCUGAGGAGAAGCCUGCGGAGGAAGCCGCAAGUGACACACCCGCAGCUGAAACAGCUAAUGAUAAUGAAAAUGAAGGUGAGAAAGGCGGUGGGGGUGAUGGUGGUGGGGAGGCAUGUGAGGAGACUAAGGCUGGGGACCAGGCACCAGAACAAACUAUUACUAACACUAGUGAAACAAAAACUGACAAUGACAGUAGUACACCAGCCCCUGUCAGUACAGGGGACAGUGAACCUGUACAAAGUGUAGAUAAUAGUAAUUCUGAUACCAAGGAGGAAGUGAGUCCCCCCAGUCAGACACAGUCUGCUCCUGUAGUAGAAAGUAGUGAAACUGAAAAAGUAGUAGAGGUGGCAAAAGAGGAAACAGUUAGUGAAACACAAGCUCCUGUAGAGGAAACAGUUGUACCUAAACAGGAAACAGUGGUAGAGGUCCAGCCUCCAACACCAGUGGAAGAGCAACCAGCACCAGUGGAGGAGCCACCAGCACCACCUGCACCUGUGGAAGAGCCGCCUGCACCACCUGCACCAGUGGAAGAACCACCAGCUCCAGUGGAAGAGCCACCUGCAUCAGUUGAGGAGCCACCAGCACCAGUGGAAGAGCCGCCAGCACCACCUGCACCAAUGGAAGAGUCACCGGCUCCAGUUGAGGAGCCACCAGCACCACCUGCACCAGUGGAAGAGCCACCGGCACCACCUGCACCAGUGGAAGAGCCACCAGCACCACCUGCACCAGUGGAGGAGCCACCUGCACCACCAGCACCAGUGGAGGAGCCACCUGCACCACCAGCACCAGUGGAGGAGCCACCUGCACCACCUGCACCAGUGGAAGAGCCACCAGCACCACCUGCACCAGUGGAAGAGCAGCCAGCACCACCUGCAGAAAGUCAGGAACAGCAAACAAAAGGAGAUGCACCCCCUUUGCCAGAGAAUCCUCCCCCGAGCAAGACGAUAGCCACACAGUUCAAGUGGGACAAUGAUGGUAAAACUGUGUUAGUCAGCGGUUCCUUUAACGACUGGAAGGAGAAAGUUCCCCUGGAGAAACAGGAGGCUGUGUUCUCCGUGACCGUUGAUCUACCAGAAGGAGAAUAUGUAUACAAGUUUCUGGUUGAUGAUGAGUGGCUGAUCAACAAAAACCAACCAAUUAAGGCCGAUAAUGGAAUUGAGAACAAUGUUGUAAUUGUACGACCUGUGGGUUGAGUGUUUUGUCCGAGUAUAACUUACCUGCUCCACCUCUUCAGUUGCCUCCCUUCCACAUAACAGUUGCCUCCCUUUGAUGGCCCAACUGACCAAACCAUCAUCCAGAGGCAUCGUGGGACAACAACAAAAGGCAGCUAUGCUACAACUUCACUGAUCAACAAAUAUUAUUAUUCCCAAGUAAUUUCACUCGGAUGAAAUUUUUUUUCAAAGAAAUGUUUGCAUUGUAUUUUAUCAAUGGGAAAACAAUGAAUUCCAGCCUUUUAGCUGUUCAUUCUCUAUUUUAUGGUAGCAAGGGACCCAUUUUUUGUUUUUGUAGAUAUUUUUCCGAUUUGUUAUAAUUUUGUAUCCUAUUCCUUACAUUAUAUAAUGUUAAUUUACCUAUGUUAUAUGAAAUUUUUCUUUCAAAUUGUUUGAUUCCAUCAUAGGUCAAAUUUCAUAAUCAUUUGUGACAAGUUUUUACUGUAUUCUGUCAAAAAUUAGAAAUUAGUCAAGAUUUAUUUUGCAGUUCUACUGACUAAGACUUGAAAUCUUGGUGAUGAGUAAUUUAGUUAUAAGUGCUAUUCAGAGUGCUUUGUUUGCUAUUUAUUGUGUUAUCUGCAAUCAAAUAUAUAUAUACAGGUAUUUCUAUUUCACUAACAUGUUAAAAUGGCAAAAAAUACCAACAGAAAAAAAAAAAACAGAAAAAAAUAUUGAAAUGAAAUGAAAUGUGUGCUUUGAGAAAGGGAGACAACCCUUGAAUAUGGUGGAGUCCAGAACCAAUAUCAUCAUUGUCUAAUAGAUAUUUGAUCACAUAUAUGUACAGUUAUAUUAUAUUUUCCCCAACAUCAACUUAAAGACAAUCUUUUUAAUUUUUAGGGUACAAUUUCUUUAUUGCAGUAAUUUGGGUCAUUUUCUCCAUGAGAAUAUUUUAUACAAAAAGUUGAUUUUGUAUUGUAAAACGUAUGAACUGUUCGUAUAUAUGAGUUCUACCUUUGUAAUUAAAGUACUACCAUUUUUAACAUUUGUAUACUUUUUCACACUAGAUGAUUUCAUUUUGUCAUUUGUAUAUGUAAAUAUAUAUAUCUUCAUUUUUUUUUCAGAUAAUAAUAUAUUGUCAUUCAUAUGCUGUCAGAUUUUUAUUGCAAGCAAUUUAAAAAUUUUGUGUACAUUCAAAUUGGUGACAUAAUGUUCAAUGCAAGUUAAUGUUGUCUUUCUGUGUUACCCUGCCUGCCCUUUUCAGUCGUGAUAGGCUAUCCUUGUUAUUGACAAGGACCAGUCUACUUGAGUUGGUAGGGGUGGCAGGGUGAGUAGAGGUAUGAUUGUUAGUGCUGGGAAGAUUGAAGCAGGUAAGGGUCAUGUAAUAGUCAGUUGUCGCUUUAUCUAGAGAUCAGACUUCAGUGUGUGUGAACUGUUGUCGCUGUAUCUAGAUGGUAGGCUGUGUAUGACUUCUUGCUGCAGCAGACUGAUAAUAUUCCCUGUAUCAGAGAGACUGCAGUAUGCGAGAUCAUCCCUUUAGUUAGAUACCAGACAGUAUCAUGUGACCAUUUGUCACUACCUAGACACCUGACCACAGCGUGUGACCAGGUGUCCCUGUAUCUAGACAUCAGACUUCAGAGUUUGUGACCAGUUGUCCCUGUAUCUAGAGACCAAGGCUGCAGAGUAUGCGACCAGUUUUCGCUGUAUCUAGACAGACUUCAGAGUUUGUGACCAGCUGUCCCUGUAUCUAGACACAAGGCUACAGAGUUUGUGACCAGUUUUUGCUAUAGACUGCAGACGGAGUGACCAGUUGUUGCUGUAUCUAGACAAUAUAUUGCAGUAUGACCAGUUUUCCGUCUAUCUAGUUACCAAGGUUGCAGAGUAUGAGACCAGUUCCUGCUGUAUCGAGACAUCAGACUGCAGAUUAUGACCAGUUGUAGCUAUUUCGAUAUCAAACUUCAUCAUGUGACCAGUUGUCGCGAUAUCAAACUUCGUCAUGUGACCUGUUGUCGUGAUAUCAAACUUUGUCAUGUGAACAGUUCUUGCUGUAUCAAGACAUCAAACUACAGAGUGUGACUAGUUGUGGCUGUCUCGAUGUCAUACGACCAGUUGUAGCUCGAUAUCAAACUUCGUCAUGUGACCAGUUGUCGCUGUAUUUAGACAGUAGAUUGUUCUGUGCUGAACAGAUAUUCCUUUGUGUAGAACUACAAUAUCAGACAUCGACUGACCUGUUACAUGUCCCUCGCCUGUUAAAAGUGUAUAAAAGAUGCAUUAAAACUUGAAGUGGUAAACGUGUCAAUAUAAACUACAUGUAGGUGGGAUGAGGUUUUCAUACAUUUCCUGUAAUACUCUCCAAAAAAAUGGAAAUUAUUAGAUAUUAUAUCUGAAUCAGGGUAAAACUGUCUGUAAAGAAGGUUUGAAGUUUAGGUCUAAUUUGUGUGCAUGGAAAAUAUAGAUUGGGUAGAGAUAUGUACUCCCCAGUAGUUUGGUUCCCACACAGCUUUAAAGUACAUCUGUGCUGUGACGAUUCUGUAAACCUUGGUAAUUGUGGUGACUUUGUCACACAGUAGUUAUAGAAGUAGGCUAAUCUGUCAUCUGAUUUCUCAUUCAAAGUCAAUAAAAUGUUACAAUCUCUA